AUGCCGAGGGGCUUUCUGGUGAAGCGAACUAGACGGACAGGCGGUUCUUACCGGGUGCGCCUGGCGGAGCGAGGCUUCCCUCUGCCGGGGCCCCAGGUGGUGCUGCCCUUUCCCGAGGGGACUCCCAGCUCCUCUCUGCCCAGGGCUGAGCCGGAGGCGCCCCCCAGCCAGGAGGAGCCGGGAAAGGGGCCAGCGGAGGCAGCCUGGGCACUGUCGGGGUCGCCCUGUCGGGCGGCUGGGGUGAGCCCGGGGGCGGGCGGACGGGAACGCACAGAGUGGAGGGCGGAUGGCCGGGAGGGUACCGGGCCCAGCCCCAGCCCGGCGAAGCCAGCGGGCGCCGAACUGCGCCGGGCCUUCUUGGAGCGCUGCCUCAGCUCGCCCGUCUCCGCCGAGUCCUUCCCCGGGGGCGCCGCCGCCGCCGCGGCCGCUUUCUCCGCACCGACCCCGGGGGACCAGUUCCUGCUGCCGCUGCGGGCACCAUUCCCAGAGCCCGCGCUCCAGCCGGACCCCGCACCCCUGUCGGCCACCCUGCACGGCCUGAAGCGCCGCACCAAAGUACCUCUGGGUUGCGCGUCCGGACUCUCGGCCACGGGAGUCAAGAAGCCAAAGGCCAUGAGGAAGUUGAGCUUCGCUGAUGAGGUGACCACGUCGCCUGUCCUAGGCCUGAGGAUCAAGGAGGAGGAACCCGGCGCGCAGCCCCGGGGCCUGGGGGACAGCCGCACGCCGCUGGGGGAGUUCAUCUGCCAGCUGUGCAAGGAGCAGUACGCAGACCCCUUCGCGUUGGCCCAGCACCGCUGCUCCCGCAUCGUGCGCGUCGAGUACCGCUGCCCCGAGUGCGACAAGGUCUUCAGCUGCCCCGCGAACCUCGCCUCCCAUCGCCGCUGGCACAAGCCGCGUCCGGUGGUGGCAAACGCCACCGUGUCCUCCGCCGACGGGAAGCCGCCGCUGCCCCCGCCUUCAUCCUCCACUAACUCCGGGGCCGCAGAGUCCUUCCUGGCGGAGGGGAAGGAGAACAGCCGGGCAGAGCGGACCGCGGAUCAGCACCCGAGGGCCGCGGACAGCUCCGCGCAGGAUCAGCACCAGGACAGCGCCCCGCGCCAGAGCCUCCCGCUGCUCGCGCAGCCGGAGCCGUCGCUGCCGCAGGCCCCUUACACCGAGCGGGUGCUGGGGCGCCGGGUGCCCGGGCCGGGCGGUGCCAGUGGCGGUGGGGUCGCCGAGAUCUUCGUGUGCCCAUACUGCCACAAGAAGUUUCGUCGGCAAGCUUAUCUGCGCAAACACCUGGGCACUCACGAGGCGGCCUCGGUUCGCGCGCUCGCCCCGGCCUUCGCCUGCCCGUUGUGCGGGGCGCACUUCCCGUCUGCAGAUAUCAGGGAGAAGCACCGGCUGUGGCAUGCUGUCCGCGAGGAGCUGCUCCUGCCCGCUCUGGCCGGGGCUCCUGCUGAGGCGCCGGGCCCAGGCGGGGCGCCCGAUGGGAGCCCUCAGCAGAUUUUCUCGUGCAAGCACUGCCCGUCCACUUUUUUCAGCUCCCCGGGGCUCACCCGGCACAUCAACAAGUGCCACCCCUCGGAAAGUCGGCAGGUGUUGCUGCUGCAGAUGCCACUGCGGCCUGGCUGUUGA